AUGGACGGCUCCGAAAAGUUAACUCCACUCCUCAUAGGAAAAGCUGCCAAACCUAGGUGUUUUAAGGGCAUACGUUCAUUUCCUAUAACUUAUCGUUCAAAUAAAAAGGCAUGGAUGACGACAGAAUUAUUUAAUGAAUGGUUGUUUUCACUCAAUGAAGACAUGAAAAAACAGGAACGAAAAAUUCUACUGUUUUUAGAUAACUGUACAGUUCAUAAUAACCCCCCACCUUUAACUAAUAUAGAACUUCAAUUUUUUCCUCCUAACACCACAUCGAAGUUGCAACCACUCGACCAAGGUAUAAUUAAGAAUUGUAAAACUUUUUACCGUCAAGAAGUUGUAAAGAAUGUUUUGGAAUGCAUUGAAAGUGAACAAACGCCAAACAUUAGUGUAUUGACUGCUAUGAUAUUUGUUGAUAAGGCAUGGAAAAAAGUGGCUCCUUCUACGGUACUCAAGUGUUUUAAAAAAUCGGGAUUUACCAUAGAAAUUCAAGAAACAGAAAACGACCAGUUGAAUAUUGAAUCGAUACAAUGGAAUUCCCUGCCAACUCAAGAAAAUGUAUCUUUCACUGAUUAUGUCAAUGUAGAUGAAGAUGUUGCUGUAUGGGGAGUCAUCUCUGACGCCGAAAUUUUGGAAAAUACAUUAAGCAUUGAUGAAGACAAUGAAGAUGACUCAAGUCCUCUACCUCUUGUGACUUUAAAAGAAGCCAGUUCAUCCUUGGAAAAAUUACGAAAUUUUUCGCUCCAGUCAGAAGUCACUGUUGAGGUUUUUGAUGCUUUAUUUACUAUAGAAAAUACUAUUGAAAAAAUGAAACUAAAUUCAAUGAAGCAGAAAACCAUUACAGAUUUCUUUAAAAAAUAA